AUGGAGUUCAAGCUGAACAACAUGGCCAGUUUGGUUGCUGCAGUGGACUCCAUCCCAUUCGCAGCAAUCUUUGUUUUGGGCUUCUCUUCCCCAGGAAAGGAAGGGAUUGCUGAGGAAGCCGUAGUCAUCCACGAACACGAGACCUUGUUUAAGUGCAAGGAGUGCCUGCCUUUCCCUCUCGCUGCAUCCAAUGCAAGGAUUGUUCAUGUGUAG